GCAGUAAUGCCACAGUAAGGACACCAGCUGGCUAAACACUCACUGAAGAAGAAGACACGCUGACAAAUCUCAAAUCGGUUGCGAAGCUGCCUGCAUCAUCCGCCGACCGAGACAAGCAGAACCGGAGAAAAAUGGCGUUCACAUUCGCGGCCUUUUGUUACAUGCUCGCUCUGCUGCUCACGGCGGCGCUUAUCUUCUUCGCUAUCUGGCAUAUAAUAGCAUUUGAUGAGCUGAAGACAGAUUACAAGAAUCCUAUAGAUCAGUGUAACACUUUAAAUCCGACAGUUGAAAAGGUCAAAAAGAUUAAAAGAGUCAAAAUUGCAAUAAAGUUGGUGCUCCCAGAGUAUCUCAUCCACUUCUUCUUCUGCGUGAUGUUCUUCUGUGCGGCCGAGUGGCUCACCCUCUGUCUCAACUUACCACUGCUGGCUUAUCAUGUCUGGAGGUAUAUGAGCAGACCUGUGAUGAGCUGUCCAGGACUCUAUGACCCAACAACCAUCAUGAAUGCUGACAUCCUGGCGUUCUGUCAAAAAGAAGGCUGGUGCAAACUGGCUUUCUACCUCCUGUCAUUCUUCUACUAUCUCUACGGGAUGAUUUAUGUUCUAGUGAGCUCUUAAACCGGACAAUGAAGGAAAAGGACCUGCAUGUACAGUAGACGACCAGACACUAUGAUCUUAGUGCUGGAACACUGGACCUGCUGGAGACCACCGUUCAGCAACAGAAGACGCCAUUUCAAGCGGACAAACUCUCGACCCCCCCACACACCGCGCAGAGUGUCAUUUCGGAAACAUUUAGCCUGUUUUAAGAGAAUAUGUCGGUUGCAGCGUUCCUCUCAUAGCACUAUAGUUUAAGUUUUAUGGAAAAUAAGGACAAACCUGAAUGGACAAGUCCCCCUUUUUUUUUUAUUUUUAAUGGUGUGGUGAUUUUGAUGCUUGGGGUUUAAAUAAAGUUUUUUGGGGGUUUUUUUCAUCUUCAUCAUCUUUUGAGUGAUUACAGAUUAGGUAGCCAUUUUCAGGUGUGCAUUAUCUGUGAGAAUCUGAGCUGUGUGCUGAACUACAUUAGCUUUUUCUGUGAAUUAGAUUCUGGGCUUUUAACAGCUGAUUUUGCCACGUGAGUCAUUAUAAUCACUAAAACAAAUAGCAAAGUGUAAACUAGACGUCUGUUCUUGCCCACGGAUACAUAUGGUCUUAAAAUGAACAUUUUUGGGACUUGAAGAGGUACAGUUAUGUACAGUGAGGGCUGAAGUGCAUGGGUUAUUAUCAGUUAGUGAAAUGUGUUGCACAGGGACAAUCAUAGUCUGGUUGUCAACAUCAGUUUUCCAACCACCUGAUGUAUUGUUUCCAUACUUCAGACCUAUUUAUCAUCAGAUUUAAAUAAUGUAAUCCCUGUUAAAAUCAAUGGCAAUAUUUGUUUUUUUUUAAGUGUGAGGGCAGCAAUGUGUAUGUGACCUGUAUUUCUGUAGAGUUAUCCUUGCAACUAUCAUAAAUGAAAAGGUAGACUCAACAGUACAAUAAUAUAUUCAGCAUUAGGAAGCAACAAGUACUUUGUUAUUCUCUGCUUUCUGCAUUUGAGCUUUGGUAGGAAAGUGCUGAUGUGCCAUGCUGCUGAUUGUACCUUUUGAAAUUCCUUAACUGUUUUUGUCAUUGUGCAUUUUGUUAAUUUCAACAGCAAAUAUUCCACAGCGUUAGGAACUCCAGUGUUUAUUUAUUUAAUGUUUUUAAAUUGACUUUUUAUGUCUCCAGAAUAUCAAGCACUCCUCGCAGUGUUGGGUCAUUUCCAGAAUCAAAUCUGGAACAUUAUGUUUUUGUUUAGAGUUGAGGCCAUUAGACUAAAUUUUUCAUAAAUACUAGAGUAUUUAUUGCCAUUUUCAAAUGUGUAAAUCUGUCAGGGAAAGGGAUGAUCAUUUGUCACAGAUGAAAUUACAUUUUUAUGUAUUAGAUCCAAUCAUGUCACGUCUAGGAAAUGAAAACUUGAGUUUAUUUGAAUCUAAAUAAAACUAUCCCACUCUGUUA